CCAGUUUGGUCAAUCAAAAUGAAGGCUUAUCUAAGGGCCUUCAACCUUUGGGAAGUGGUGGAAACCGACCAGCAGCCACCACCUUUAAGGCAGAAUCCCACCUUGGCUCAGAUAAAGCAGCAUACUGAAGAAGUUACGAAAAGGUAUAAAGCCUUGACUUGUAUUCAUUCUGCAGUAACUGAUGAGAUUUUCGACAGAAUUAUGCGCUGUGAAACAGCCAAAGAAGCUUGGGACUUGUUGAAGGUAGAGUUUCAGGGUGACAGCAAGGGAAUUCAAAUGCAAGUUUUGAAUCUGAAAAGGGAAUUUGCUGUUUUGAGGAUGAAUGAGUCUGAAACUGUCAAAGAGUUUUCAGAUAGAAUAAUGAAGAUUGUGAAUCGAAUCAGAUUGCUGGGUGAUGAAGAACUCUCUGAUAAGAGGGUUGUUGCGAAGGUGUUGGUCAGUUUGCCAGAAAAAUUUGAGCACAAGAUCUCUUCUUUGGAAGAUUCCAAGGAUCUUUCCAAAAUUCCCUUAACUGAACUUAUCAACUCUUUACAAGCUGUUGAACAGAGAAAAGCCUUAAGGUCCCAAAGCAAUGUGGAAGGUGCUCUCUUGGCUACCGAAAAGGGUAAAAGCCAACAAAAGGAAGGAGUAAAGAAGCAAUUUUUUGACAAGAAAUGGAAAGAAAAGAAGGAGUUUCAAAUAGAUUUCAAGGGCGGUAGAUACAAGGGUAAAAAGGAGUCAUUUCCUCCUUGUAUUCACUGCAAAAAGACAACUCACACAGAAAAUUUUUGCUGGUUUAGGCCUGGUGUUCAGUGCAGGUCUUGUAAGCAAUUCGGUCAUGUUGAAAAGGUCUGCAAAUCAAAAGCAGACUCUACAUCACAAGCUCAAAUUGCAGAGAAACUUGAUCAACAGGAGGAGAAGUUGUUUGUGGCCACUAAAGUGGAAGCUUGUUGUGCUAUGAAUCUCAGUUGUAAUGUUUGGUUGAUAGACAGUGGAUGUACUCACCAUAUGACUCCAAAUGAGAGCUGCUUCAAAAGCCUUAACAAGAGUUUUACCUCUAAAGUCAGAUUGGGUAAUGGAGAGCUAGUAGAAGUUAAAGGAAGGGGAGUAGCAACUGUUGAUACACUAACAGGUAUCAAGCUUAUUUAUGAUGUUCUAUUUGUUCCUGAGAUUAGCUACAGCCUUAUUAGUGUUGCUCAGCUUGUUGAAAACAAAUACUCUUUGCACUUUCAUGACAAGCUAUGUGAUGUAUUUGAUGAAUUUGGAAAUUUGUUGUUAUCUAUUAAAAUGCUUGAUAGGAGUUUUCCUAUUGAAUGGAAAGAAACUCAGAUAAAGGCUUGCGUGAGUACUGUUGAUAAUUCUUGUGUCUGGCAUAAGAGCUUGGUAAGCAAUCGCAAUUACCUUUUCCAUCUGGUCAAGCUCAUAAAGCUUCUAUGAAGUUGCAGCUAGUUCACACUGACAUUUGUGGUCCUAUGAAGACUGCUUCUUUAAGUGGAAAUAGAUAUUUCCUGAUUUUUAUUGAUGACUUCAGCAGAUUUUGUUGGGUGUAUUUUCUGAAACAUAAAUCUGAGGUAUUUGAUGUUUUCAUUAAGUUCAAAGCCUCGGUUGAAAAUGAGUGUGGUUUGAAUAUUAAAACACUUAGAUCUGA